AUGGCUGAAGGGUGCAUGACUGAAGGGGCAUUUCAAGUUCAUGCCCAUAUGAUCAAAUGCGGUUUGGUGUGUGAUGUAUUUGUUGGAACGAGUUUGCUUCACUUUUAUGGUACAUUUGGUUGGGUUGCUGAGGUUGACAAGGUCUUUAAGGAGAUUGAGGAACCUAAUAUAGUGUCUUGGACUUCUUUGAUGGUUGGUUAUGCUUAUAAUGGGUGUGUAAAGGAGGUUAUGAGUGUUUAUUGGAGUUUGAGGCGUGAUGGGGUGUACUGUAAUGAAAAUGCAAUGGCUACGAUUAUUAGGUCUUGUGGGGUGCUUGUAGAUAAAAUGUUGGGUUAUCAGGUGCUUAGUAGUGUGAUCAAAUCUGGAUUGGAUACUACUGUGUCUGUGGAAAACUCCCUUAUUUCCAUGUUUGGUAAUUGUGAUAGCAUAGAGGAGGCAUCUUGUGUGUUUGAUGACAUGAAGGAACGUGAUACUAUUUUGUGGAAUUCAAUAAUUACUGUAAGUGUACAUAAUGGUCAUUGUGAAAAAUCUGUAGAAUACUUUUCUCAGAUGCGUUAUACUCAUGCAAAUACAGAUUAUAUUACUACUUCAGCCUUGUUACCAGUGUGUGGCUCUGCUCAAAAUUUGAGGUGGGGAAGAGGGCUUCAUGGUUUGGUAGUAAAAUCUGGACUGGAAUCAAAUGUCUGUGUGUGCAAUAGUCUCCUAAGUAUGUAUUCUCAGGCUGGAAAAUUUGAGGUCAUAUCUAAAACAUUGUGA